AUGAGAAUUGGUGGGGGUGCGAGCACAACGAUUGGUAAUAAGAGAUGGAUAUCUUUGUUGAAACCAGCUUCUAUUGUCAAUAGUGGUGCAAAAGACACAAGUACUUCUGUGGAAUUAUUUUCUCUGAAUAGGGCAUCUGUUAGUGAUGCUAACGAAAGUAAAUUUGACGUUAUCGGGGAACCUUCUACAAUGGCAGCUUUAACGGUUCCGCCCACAAUUCCAUUGUAUAUCAGGAGAGGUUCUCUGAUGGCAAUUUACAAUAAUAGUGACUCUCCGAUUGCAAUGUCAUUCCAUUGGAAGUUUCUGUUACAUAAUUUACUUAAGUUUGGGAGUUUAUCAUCAACCGUUUAUCAGAAGCUCGAAUGUAAGGAUAGGCUGAAUGUUUUGGUAACACCAACUUUCCUCAAUUUCAAUGUUUUCCCAUCAGCAAGAAGAAAUGAAUUUAGAACGUUAUCAAAUUUAACAUUAAAUGGUACCACAGAUUGGAAUGUCUAUGGGAGGGAUUCUAUUGUUUCGUAUGAAGAUAAUACAAGCUUAGAAGUUUCCACACCUAGGGCUAACAUGAAUAUCAGGAAUUUGUUUAAGAGGAACUUGAAGUCACCAUUUUCAAACAAAUAUAAAGUAAUCAAAGGUAGGGGUAACGUCCUCCUAAGUGGCAAUGGUUCGGUGUAUGCGAUUGAUUUACACAAUGAUACAGAAGAGAUAAUUAUAAAAUCGGAAUACCUGUUGGCCAUAAAUGGUAUAAACCAAGUACACAUUAAUAAUUCAAUUGAGCAAUAUAAACUAAUUGAUCCACAAGUCGAAAAAUUGUAUGAUUAUAAGAAACUUUCGUUAACAGUCGAAGAGGCGAAAGCAUUUGGUGCGAAACAAUGGUUAAAUUAUUUCAAAAAAGUGAUGGGGUCUUUAGUGAAUCUGACUCAAAUAACAUAUUUUAGAUGGUUAAGUAAACCAAAUAAAUUCUUAAAGAUUGCUGGACCGAGAACUGUUUUGAUUCAAACAGCAAAUAACGUUUACAUGCCUAACGUCAUUAAAAAUGGCAAGAGCAAGCGAACAAACUUAAGUGAGAUUAACCUUAAGAACAUUAAUGACAAUUCAAUUCCGAAUGAGAAAGAAUCAUUGACGAAGAAUGAAGAACGUCUAAACCAAGAACUUAAAUACACAAACAUUGUUACGAUCCAUCCUAAAGGUGAUGUGAAUUUCAAAAGUACAAAGGCAUUUUGA